AUGUCAGUCAGCAAUAUGCCUGCACUCCAGCUUAGGGAGUACCUGGAGAGGCUCCCAGGCACGACCUUUCGGAAGCUCUACCAGCAACCCUCGACAGCAUUCGCUAUCUUCCGCCGUAUGCUUCCGCAUCUAGCCAAAACCUUCGUUAUGAGGAUGCUCUUCAUGCCCGCCCCGAUGCUCCUCGCCGACCUUGACCUAUGGGUCAAGCCUGACGCAAAAAAGCAAAAGGACCAGGCACUCUUCAUCCUCCAAGCCCUCCACAUCGUCCACAUCUCCCCGCCCUCGCGAGAAAAGCCCCAGGAAAUGCAAUUGACGACAAACUUCAAGAACUCGAUGCGCCGUGCUCUCACUGGUGGAGGCACACACAACUCGUUCGGUGUUCCCUCGACCCUUGUCGUACCCCCCGAAAUCGAUAUCCCUUUCCUCGAUCGCUAUGCCCGCAAGAAAUGGGAGGACAUCCUACACUUUGUUGUCUCUAGUGUUGGCUUUAAAAGUGCUGGCGAGGUCUCUGGUCCGAAUAAGAGCGUGAAGGAGCUCCUCAUUGCCGGCCGACUUGUCGAGCGGCGUCCUAACGGCAGCAUCGGUAUCACCCAGACAGGCUUUACCUUUCUUCUGCAGGAGGCCAAUGCCCAGGUCUGGACGCUAUUGCUUCUCUGGCUCGAGGCGAUGGAAACGAAUAAGAUGGCAGGCCUUGAGGCUGUCGACAUGCUUUCCUUCCUUUUUGUCUUGGCCAGUAUGGAGCUUGGCCGGGCUUACGACACCAACGCCCUAACGGAGCAGCGUAGGAACAUGCUACCUUCUCUCGUCGACUUUGGUCUCAUCCAUGUUCCUCAUCAUAAACGAUCCAUGUUCUUUCCCACACGUCUGGCCACCACGCUUACUAGCAGCGGCAACAGCCUCCGUUCGAUUAGCGAGGGCGUGGCUGCAGCGACCUCUGCUGCUUUCAAUGGCACAUCGAGUUCCGGCGGACCUCCAGGCCACGGCCCUCUCAAGAGUUCCACUGAGCUCAAGGGGUCUGUCGUUGUCGAGACAAACUACCGCCUGUACGCAUACACGCAAUCCACCCUUCAGAUUGCUGUCCUCGCGCUCUUCUCGAAGCUCAACAUGCGCUUCCCAGACAUGGUCGCCGGUCGUCUCACACGUGCCUCCAUCCGGCAAGCCAUUCAAUUUGGCAUCACUGCGGAUCAAAUCAUCUCCUACCUCGCUGCCCAUGCGCAUGAGCAGAUGCACCGUACUGCAGCCCUGACCAACAAGCCCAUUCUCCCCCCAACCGUCGUCGACCAGAUUCGGCUGUGGCAGCUUGAGAACGAACGGAUGAAGACUACUGGCGGUUUCCUCUUUAAGGAUUUUGAGGACCAAAAGGAGUACCUCGCCGUGGCGCAAUUUGCAGAGGAGGUAGGCGUCCUAGUCUGGCGCAACGACAAGACGGGCAUGUUCUUUGCCAGCAGGCACGAGCAGAUCCGAGACCUUUUGCGAAACCGCAAGAAGGCGGAAUAG